UAAAAGUUUUAUAACAGAUUCGCUGUAACGGUAGAAUUCCUUGAUCUUGAGCUACAACAAUACAGCAACCAAAAGUAUUUUAUGCCGAUAUAAUAUUGUAGUAAUAAACACUUGGUUGAGUUUGGACUUUGGAUCAGUAGCCAUUGCUGUUAGCUUAUCCACCAUUAAAAUAGAUUUAAUUGAGCUUUUUCGGCCUUUGAGGGCCCUUGAGUUUUUGUUUCGUAGUGUAUUAUUACAGCUAUAAAUUAUAUCACAACGGUCCAGAAGGAAGUGGGGCAGUUCUACUCUAUAUCCUCCUGUGUCGGUAAAUCAUCCCAUCACAAACAGAGACGCAGGCUGCUCCCAUUUUAGGAAUUACCCUUGAAUUUGACUACAACCCUUUUGAUUUCCCAGCUAUAAAGAUGCAAUCUUGAGCUCAAAGAUCAUAUCAUUUUCACAUUUAGUUUUGUGGGGUUGGAGUGAUUAGAGCCAUGAUGAAGAAGGUUUCUUUUAAUUGGAAGUCCUGGUGGUGGUCUCUAAGCAAGCACAAUUACUUGGUCCUGAAAUUGGGAGUUUCGGCUCUUUUGUUGGGUCUGGUUUUUAGGUUUUAUUUACCUCGAUCCGAUGAAUUUUCCGAGGUUUCAGACUUCCCUUUUCAGGAUACUGUCAGUUUAGCUAAUGCACCUUCUGAUUCUCCUCCUGUGUAUAUCAGUUCACUGGUAAAUGAUGGUGAUCCGAUCCCUUCAAAUGGAACACAAACUUCGGCUGUUGCUCCAGAAUCGAGCAUUUCCAGAGAAGAGUCUGCAGCUAAGAAUGGUGAUAUUGCUCCAGAAUCGAGUAGUUCCAGAGAGGAUUCUGAUGCUAGAAAUGGUGAAGGAGAAGCAGAAAAUGGAGGAAAGUGCAAUCUUUUCAAUGGAGAUUGGGUUCCUCAUCCUGCAGGUCCUGUUUAUACUAAUGAGACUUGUGAAUGGAUUGAAGGCCAUCAGAAUUGUAUGAGAAAUGGACGCCCAGAUACCGGUUAUCUUUAUUGGAGGUGGAGUCCAAAAGGGUGCGAGCUACCGCAGCUAAAUCCUGAGGGAUUUCUAGAAUUAAUGAGGAAUAAAGCUUUGGCAUUGAUCGGUGAUUCCAUAUCGCGCAACCAUGUUCAGUCAAUCAUUUGCAUUCUUUCCAAGGUGGAAAAGGCUGUCCAAAUAUACCAUGACGAGUCUUACAAGUCUAGGAAAUGGCUCUUUCCCUCCUACAACUUCACAGUGUCGGUUAUUUGGUCUCCGUUUCUUGGAGAAGCUGCCAUUUUUGAGGAUGAUAACGGGGUUUCGUCAUCAGAAGUGGAACUUCAGCUUGACAAACUAGAUGGUGCAUGGACUGAACAAUUUAAAAGCUUGGAUUACGUCAUGUUUUCUAGUGGCGAAUGGUAUGUUAAAUCGACGAUUUACUAUGAGAACAAGAUUGUAGUCGGAUGCCAUAAUUGUCCUAAACGAAACUUAACCCAGCUUGGUUUCGUGUAUGGGUAUGGGAAGGUCCUCAGUAGUGUUUUUAACUACAUAAUUGAGUCAAACCAUAGCGGGAUGAUCUUUUUUAGGACCAUCACACCAGAUCACUUUGAGAAUGGCGAAUGGUUCAACGGUGGAACUUGCAAUAGAACAGAGCCCGCAAAGGAAGGAGAGUUUGAACGGAACAUUUUGAACAAACUUCUCCUGGAUGUCGAGUUAGAAGAAUUCAAGAAAGCAUCAGUAAAAGCUUCUGAGAGGGGGAUCAAUCUGAGACUUUUCGAUAUAAAUCCUGUUUCAUUAUUGAGACCUGAUGGACAUCCUGGUCCAUAUAGAUUCUUCCAUCCAUUUGCGAAGGAUAAGAAUGCGAAGGUCAUCAACGACUGUCUACAUUGGUGUUUACCGGGGCCUAUUGAUUCCUGGAACGAUCUGCUAGUGGAAAUGAUUGUGAAUGGCUGAUUUGUAAAUGUAUAUAGGAGUUUGAGAUUCUUCAAACCUGCAGCAAGUUGAUCUGAUCUUGAUUCUUUAGCUGAAAGGUGGAAAAGGAAACCCUGACAAGAUCUUCAAUGCUACAGAAUCAAUCAGUCACAUUCUUUCAUGUAUCUGAUUGUUGCUGUGAAUUUGUUUUACCCUUUUUUCCCCCUUACAGCAAAAGCAAUACAUGUACAUCAUUUUGAAAUGGGAAUGACUUUUUUUGCAUUCAACAAGGCCGAAAAGACAGUACAUUACAGUCAUUUACAUUGUUAGUGAAGAUUUUGGUAAGUCUAGGGCUAAUACAUCAUAGCAACAGCGUUUUUGUUUUUGGGAUUAAUGUUAAUAUAUGAGUUUUAAACUGGAU